UCCGGUUCUGCUUUCGUAACUUUAUAACGGAACUUUAAUCUGUUAGACCCAGACCCGGGCGUAGUACUGUCAGUCUUAAUGAGACCAUCGAUGGUAUCAGUGGGACACGUAUGCGCUCUUGCAUUACAUUUGCGUCAGCCACUGGACCACCCACGACCGCCGCCUGCUCAGCGACAUGAAAUUGUUGAUACCAACACCAGCAGCAGCACAGCAUCAAGUUGGACACUCGAACAACUCGGGUCAGAAGGGCCAUCGGCGUCAAAUGAUUCUGGAUCGGAAGGUGUCGCUGAGGGAGCGGAUGUGGCUCGAGAACUUGCUGCUUUAGCCUUAGUUCGCGCGCAAUUACCAAGGGCUGCCGCGCAACUGGUUAAGGCCUUACCCAAACCUGCACCAGAAAUCGCGCAGCCCUUGCAACAGAUAUUACAGCUAGCAGCUCUUCUUCAAUGUCGCAAUCAUGCGCUAAUAGACGUGGAAACAGCAUUAGAAGCUGCUGAAGGUCAAAAUACUGACAACAUUGGGCGAAAACAACUUGUUCCAGUCUCCAUGAUUGGAGGCAAGCGAACACCUACAGCCAAACAAAAGCCAAAAUCAAUUCCAAAGGUGAAGGAAGUGCAAUUGAAAGUGUUCAAUCAGGUCGAAUGUGAUAGUGCUAGUGAUUUGCCAAAUUUGGAUCCAUUACGACUUAGAACAGAGUGACUAAGGAGGAAAAUUAUGUUGUAUAGCUAUUAUCAUUGAGACUUGCGACUCUAAUGAGGUAAAGCGCGUCACACAUGUAAGUCACUCUUACAGUCUUGAAUAGAAAUAUGAUAUUAUGAAAUAUGUAUAUAAGAAUAAUAUUUAUGGUUCAUGUUUAUUUUUAAUUGUUUCCACAGCCUUUUUCCAUCUACUAGAAACCGUGAAUUCCAUUCACAUUCAGUACUGUAUAUAUAAAACAUAUCUAGCAAAUGGAGAAUAUACGAUGUUGGUAUUUUUUAAAUUCUUUUCGUUAAGAAAUGGGCAAAGGUUUAAUUCAUACUAAUCGACUAUGAACAGGCAACCGGU